CAAAACCUUCACUGCUCGAAACACUUGAUAAGAUGUCAGGCACUAGUGCAAGAAUAGAAACCUACGAUGACUUUGUGAAAGUUCACGGUCUGCUAUUAGCUGCCUCCGGACUCCCUCGAUCACUCCACCGCAAGCUGUUCGAGAAACUUACGUCGGAGACAUUCGACGCCGGCGCUUACUUCCAAGUCCAGCCUUGCGAAGAUGGAAGGCAGAGACAACUUAUUCUCACUUCCGAUUCCAUGCCCCAAGAAUCCAAUGUUUUUCUUGUCGAUCAUGCAUGGACUUUUCGCCUUUCCGAUGCUUACAAACAGUUACAAGAAGUUCCAGGUUUGGCUCAGAGGAUGGCUUCUUUGAUGUGUGUUGAUAUUGAUUUGAAUGAUUCUGAUAAUGAAGAUGGACAAGACGAAAAAUCCAAUUUGAAUGUGUUCGAUGUGGUUGAGAAUGAAAUGAAUACUGCAAAAGUUAGAGGUUUUGAUACUGUAAGGUGGUUGGAGCUUGAGGAGCUUAACAUUGAUGAUGAUGUGUUUCUUUCUCUUGAUUUGUCUAAUAAAUUUCCGGAUUUAAUAGCUCUUAGCUUAUGUGGAAACAAGCUUCAGAAUGUAGAAAUAGUCGUGCAAGAAGUUACCAAGUUCGAAAAUUUAAAAGCUCUAUGGCUGAAUAACAAUCCAGUUCUAAAAAACUGUGAUGUUCAUAUGAUGGAUGCAAUUGUCCACGGAUGUCCAAGAUUAGAAAUCUACAACUCACGUUUCACCAGUAAUUUUGGCGAGUGGGCGUUGGGAUUUUGUGGAGAUGUGUAUGGCAAGGAUAAUCCUGGCUGCAUCAAUCAGGGAAACUCUCAAUUGCAGAGUGUGACAUCGCUUGAUCUUCCAAACAGAUGUAUUGAUUCUCUAAUCAAUAAGGCAUUUACUCCUCUUGAGAUGCCAUUACUUUCACAUUUGAAUAUUCGCGGCAAUCCAUUGAAGCAAAAUUCAGUUGGUGAACUGGUGGCAUUGUUGAAGGAGUUUCCUUGCUUACAAUCUCUUGAGGUGGAUAUUCCUGGUCCCCUUGGAGAUAGCGCCAUAGAAAUUCUUGAAUCUCUUACCAAUUUGUUUUUGUUGAAUGGAGUCAAAGCAUCAAAAGUUCUAGAGAACGAAAAGCAUGUGAUUGAUUCACAACUUCACCCUCGUCUUCCAGAAUGGACAGCAGAUGAACCUCUUGCUGAUCGUGUUAUUAAUGCAAUGUGGUUAUAUUUAAUGUCUUAUAGACUUGCAGAUGACGAAAAACUUGACGAAACUUCAGUGUGGUAUGUGAUGGAUGAACUAGGUUCAGCUUUACGGCACAGCGAUGAGCCAAAUUUCAGAACAGCUCCUUUUCUCUUCAUGCCAGAGGGGAAAAUGGAUACUGCAGUGAGUUAUUCCAUAUUAUGGCCCAUCCAGAGUGUUGAAAAUGGAGAUGAAUGCACUCGUGAUUUCCUCUUUGGUUUUGGAGAAGACAAACAGCGUUCUGCCAGGCUGACUGCAUACUUCCAUACACCACAGAAUUAUUUUAUUAAAGAAUAUGAGAAAUUCUAUCGAAAAUUGCAACGGAAAACUUCAACUUCUUUGCCGGUGAAGUCUUUCUCGACUAGACGCUUGUGUCGCAUUGAUGGACGUCCUUUGCGUGUUUACACUGAUAUGCCUCCAGUGGAAGAAUUUUUAACUCGACAUGAAUUUAUUAUCACAACUGAACCCAAGGAUGCAGAUAUCAUAUGGACUGGUAUGCAGGUGGAUGAUGAAACGAAAAAGGCUACUGGAAUUACAGAUGAGCAAUAUGUAAACCAAUUUCCUUUUGAGGCAUGCCUUGUCAUGAAACAUCAUUUAGCAGAGACUGUUCAGAAGGCUUAUGGAUCGCCCGAAUGGUUGCAGCCGACUUACAAUCUAGAAACACAUUUAUCACCAUUUAUUGGUGAUUAUCUUGUGCGCCAGAGAGAUGGAGUGAACAAUCUAUGGAUCUUAAAACCUUGGAACAUGGCGCGAACUAUUGAUACAAGCGUAACUGAUAAUCUGUCUGCUAUUAUCCGACUAAUGGAGACUGGUCCAAAAAUAUGCCAGAAGUACAUUGAGCGCCCAGCAUUGUUUCAAGGGAAGAAAUUCGAUCUCCGUUAUAUAAUACUGCUUCGCAGUAUGAACCCUUUGGAAAUAUUUGUCACGGAUGUUUUCUGGGUUAGACUGGCAAAUAACCAAUACACACUAGACAAAAACAGCUUCUUUGAGUACGAGACUCACUUCACAGUCAUGAACUAUCGUGGUAAAUUGAACCACAAACACACACCGGAGUUCGUUAGGGAAUUUGAACAAGAGCAUCAAGUUAAAUGGUCGGACAUUCAUGGGAGAGUUACAAAUAUGAUUCGGUCUACUUUUGAAGCAGCUGCGCUAGUGCAUCCAGAAAUGGAUAGUCCGAAAUCUAGGGCUAUGUAUGGUGUUGAUGUAAUGCUUGAUAGCUCUUUUCAGCCAAAGCUUUUAGAGGUAACCUACUGUCCAGACUGUACAAGAGCAUGCAAGUAUGAUACUCAAUCUGUGUUUGGAGCUGGAGAUGUGAUCAAAGGCCAGGAUUUCUACAAUUAUGUCUUUGGCUGUCUAUUUUUGGAUGAAACUACCAAUGUAACCCCGCUGUGAUUAGUGUACUCGAUUUUGUCAAGUGAUCGACACAACGAUGAUGUGUUUAGUAUCAGGCUAUUUAAAUAGCUAACAGUAACAUGAACCUGCAGCCUAAUAUGGUUGAGAAGCAGGAUUAAAUAGAAGUUGAUGUGAUAUUGUGCUUGA